AUGUCAACCUCAUUGUGUGCCCGACCGUCAGGCAUCUGGAACGCUUCGCGGUCACCAGUAACUCGGCAGCUAUGUCGACGCGCCCCGGCACGUUGCUAUGCUGUCGACAGCACUGACGAACCAGAAUGGUUCCAAGCACUACGGGCCAGGAUGCUCGGUCGAGAGGCCACGCACAUGUAUGAGCUCAUCACCGCUGGGCCUCAAAGUCGGCUCUCAAAUACUCUACUUGGAUUCCUCCCGGCUGAAUGGUGCCGCCCGCUGCCAACCACGCGUCCAGUGAUCCCCCCCGGGCAACAUCUGCUAUGGUUCAACUCAGCACUACCAACGCAGGAGCUGCUGCCCGAUGGAACAGACGCGUCGCAGAGUCCGGGAGAUCCUUGGGUACGGCGCAUGUGGGCUGGCGGCUCUGUAACGCUCAGGUCAAAUGAUUACUACGACCGGAAGUAUGGCUUUAUUCUGAACACGGCCAUGGCAGGUACGGAACGGAUCAAGGAUGUGCGACUACGAGGAGAAGGUGACACAGCCAAAAUCUUUGUGACCAUCGAACGUCGCUUCGCAAGAGUAAAGGACAUAUACACUACUAUCAGAGAGGAACGCAGACGCGAGUCUCAAUACGGCUCUCCAAGCCGUAUCUUCGAGCGACUGCUUCGCGACGACCAUGAGUGGGGUAGCGCCAUCCUUAAAGAGGAGCGUGAGCUUGUUUUCUUCAAGGAGCGAUCUGCCGCUGAGCUCAAGGCAAUCAAAGCUGGACAGAUGAUCUCGGUGAAGUAUCUAGAUCGUCCUAGCGAGCCCGAAGUUUCAGUUGUGCUUAUACCCACGCGCUCUCUCCUCUUCCGGUUCUCUGCCCUCACUUUUAAUGCACAUGCCAUCCAUCUUGAUCGGGAAUACGCACGUAGCGUCGAAGGCCAUCGCAACCUUUUGGUACAUGGCCCACUGUCUUUGGUACUUAUGUUGAACGUCAUAUCGUGGCAUUUGAAAUCUGCAACUCGAAAUCGAGAGGUGGUAGAACGUAUUGAUUACCGAAAUCUUGCGCCUUUGUAUUGCGAUGAAGAAAUGCGCAUUUGCGCUGCGAAGAAAAAUACAACGGAGAAUGGAAGUACAUACGACGUUUGGGUUGAGGGACCAACAGGCGGUGUGGCCGUUAGAGGCACGGUACAGACAGCAAUGUGGCAAGGAGAAAGUCAUCCUAAAAAGAAGAAUAGGCAGAGCAUGGAGAAAUUAGCCAGCACAACCGGCAAGACAAUACACAACUCGAACGGAGUUUCAUCAAUUCCCAUGUCCCUGCCAAUUUCCGAUACCGUUGCGAUAGAUCCUUUGUCCUCCAGUAUUUGGCCAGAUGUCCGGGCUGAACAGCUCGACGUACAGAAUCCCAAGUCAUUUGGCCAGUCGAAUCGAUACAACAAACGCACUCGUACACGUUCAUAUCAAUUUGUUCAGCCUAGUCCGCCUGUGCGACAUGUGAACAGUCAUCGACCCCUUCGGCCAACAAUGUCGCCUAGAUCGCGCUAUCUACUACGACGUUUGACCCAGAGGCAGCCACAGACAAAUUAUGUGAAGCCUCUACCGAUAGUACGAACCUAUGGUGCUUCACCAUAUGAAGCCGGGAAAUAUACUCGAUUUCGAAAGUAUGGCGUACGCAAGAUUGAAAAAGUCAGAGUUAGGAUGCUAGCGUCAUUAUACCCUUCACAAUCUCUGAAUCGUCGACACUAA